GUACCAUGAAUUAUGCGCAUGACCUCAGAUCCAUCGAUAAGUCCGCAGACUUGCUGACUCAGUUCUCAGUUCGCAGGCUGAGGCAUGAUGAGCGGUCGAUUCGGAGGCGUGCUGCAAUGCCAUUUGAGGUUCUAUCAGCUUUGUGGCUUCCAUACGCUCUCGCUGCCGCUGAAGGAUUGGCAGCGGGGUGGGGAGAAGUCCUGGUUGCUGCGCGGAUGGGCUGUGUGCCUGCUGGUUGCCUUUAGUGCUGUCACACUGUUGGUCUUCACCAGCAAUGAGGAGUAUCUGUAUCAGGGCGAUCGGUUUGGUCAGGUAAAUGAUGGCCUGAAGUUUUGUUUUGCCGAACUGGCGGUGGUGAGCAUUUAUGCUGAGUCCUUGUGCCGACAUAGACAGCUUGCCCGCUUCUUCUCGCUGUAUGCGUCACUGCACCAUGGUCCUGCGUUGGGUCUGUGGCAGCAGUGGCGGCAACAUGCACGCUACCUCAUCGUCUUCUAUGUGUUGGCCGUAACGGACUUGUCGCUGUUGGCGCUCUUCUGGGAUCAACAGAUUAUGACCAAACAUCUGCUGUUGUUCUGGACCACCUUCCAGCCGUUUAUCUGUGCCGUACAUCUGCGGAACAUGCAAUUCGUGCUCCAUCUGGAGCUGUUGCGCCAACAGUUGGUGCAGAUGGAACAGGAGCUGGCCCUCUUGGCCGACUAUUCGCUGUUCGCCAGCACGUCGGCCACUUUUGUGGGCUUCGAGGACUAUGUGCGCAGACGAUUGCGCCAGAAGCAGUUGCAGUUCGGACGCAUCUAUGAGAUGUCCAGAUGUUUUCAGGAGGCAUUCGGCUACUCAAUUCUCUUCGUUCUGCUGACGAUCUAUGUGCGGGUGCUGGUCGACUGCUACUUCAUGUACUACACUCUGUAUCAGGGCAUCAAUGAAAAAGACUACUACAUGCUGCUACCGGGCUUUCUCCAAAUACCGGCCUUCAUUCAGGUCUCCCAGAGCUGCAUGUAUUUGGUGAAACGCAUUGCCUAUCGACUGCACAGCAUUGUCGCCAGAAACUCCAUCGGCUCCUCACCUCUGUCCUUGCAGAUACAAAACUUCUCACUACAAAUAUUGCAUCAGAAUAUUCGCAUACAUUGUCUGGGCAUAGCCACCAUAGACGGCUAUCUACUAACACGGAUUGUCUGCGCAAUUUCCACUUACAUGGUGUUCUUCGUACAGUUCAUGCCCAAGUUGACGAACUUCAGUAACUAG